AUGGCUCUUAUGCAGAAUAUCAGACCACCGGACGCUCUUCCUAGUGAUACUAAGAAGAAUCCAAAGGAGUGCAAGGCAGUCACCUUGAGGAAUGGUAGAGACCUUGAAGAAGUGCCUCCGAAAAAAAAGAACAUAGCAGAAGCAGAACUUAUCCCUGCUAAGCGAGCUAAACCAAAGCAGACAAUCGCAGAGCAACCAGUUGAGAAAGUGGUACAUAUCAAUAUACCUUUGGUGGAGCUUUUGCAAGAAGUUCCAAAAUAUGCUAAGUAUAUCAAAGAUGUGGUAGCAAACAAAAGGCGUUGGGCAGAGUUUGAGACUGUUGCACUUAUUGAGGAGUGCAGUUCUAGACUGGCUGAUCGAUCUCUUGCUUAUCCUGAUGGUAUUAUUGAGGAUGUUCUUGUAAAGGUAGGCCCGUUUAUUCUGCCGGUUGAUUUUGUGAUACUUGAUUAUGAGACAGAUAAGAGUGUUCCUCUCAUCAUGGGGAGAGAAUUCUUGUCUACUCUUGAUGUUGUGAUCCAAUGGGAAGAUGUCCAUGACAGUUGA